AUGGAUCCGUGGCAGAGUUAUGAUCCGACUGCUACCACUAGAGAAGCGAUUAGACUUGUGGAUCAGUAUGAGUCCGAUGAAGCUAUGGCAAGAAGACUUCACGAGCAGCUGAAUGGAACAGACGAACAGAAUCACGAGCCAACAAGAAGACCAGAACAAUCGGUUUGCGGCUAUCAACCGCCAACAACGAGGAGAAACGAAAGCGACAUUUCAAAUGUCACAGAAAUUCGUCGAAUUUGCCAAAGAGCGGAUGAAGAAUUGUCUAACAGACAAGAACUGCCGCGACAGUUUAUGCCGCAGCCCGAGUCUCAAAAUAUUACAAAUGUCCCUGAAUUCAGCGACCUACCAGUCAGACAAUCGAUGAUUUUUGACGAUGACGGGAGAAACGAACAACCUACUCCUUCAAACAACGAUUCACUCAUUGAAAUUCAACCGACAGAUUCUUCUGAAAAUGAUCAAGACUCUUCGUCUUCUGAUGAAGAUGUUGAUGUCGAUGAAAGACUCCACGAACUAUUUGCAGGACUACUUCAGAUGAUCAUUCAAGGGCGACCUCAAGGUCUUCAUCCCGCUCAAAUAGAGGCUCUACCAACUCAGCGGUUGAGAGAAGCUUUCACUGAAUACAGCUGCCCGGUUUGCAUGGACGAUCUCGCACGAGACGACGAAGUCCGCCGUCUUCCAUGUCUUCAUAUUCUGCACAAAGACUGUAUCGAUCCAUGGCUGAAGGAAAAGCACGAAUGCCCUACAUGUAAAUUUGAUAUUUCGUCAAUUUUCGAUGACAACGAUUCUGACUGA